AUGGGCAACGCGGCCGGGGGGCUGGAGGGGGGCGCGGCCCCGCGGGAACCCCGCGACCACCGCCCGCAGCCCGGGCCCCCCCCCGGCACCGCCGCCCCGCCGCCCCCCCGGCAGCCCAUGCCCGCGGCCGCCGAGCUGGAGGAGCGCUUCGGCCGCGUCCUGAAUUCCAUGAACCUGCCCCCAGACAAGAUGAAGCUGCUUAACCAGUACGACAACGAGAAGAAGUGGGAGCUGAUCUGUGACCAGGAGCGUUUCCAGGUGAAGAACCCCCCGUCUGCCUACAUCCAAAAGCUGAAGAGCUACUUGGACACGGGUGGUGUCAGCAGGAAGUUCAAGAGGAGAGUGCAGGAGUCUACGCAGGUGCUCCGGGAGCUGGAGAUUUCCCUGAGGACCAACUACAUCGGCUGGGUCCAGGAGUUCCUCAACGAGGAGAACAAGGGGCUGGAUGUGCUGCUGGAGUACCUCGCCUUUGCCCAGUGCUCUGUCGCGUAUGACAUGGAGAGCACAGAGAACAGUCCCGGCUCUGACAAGGGCAAGGAGCGGUCGCUGGAGGACCUGAACAAAAGCACCUCCUCGUCCCCCACCCAGGGCUCCUCCAAACCGCGGCCCCUCACUGUAAGGCUGAACCCCUCGCACAGCAGGAAGACGCUGCGCAACUCGCGGCUCGUCAGCCAGAAGGACGAUGUCCAUGUGUGCAUCAUGUGCCUCCGAGCCAUCAUGAACUACCAGUCUGGCUUCAGCCUGGUGAUGAACCACCCAGCCUGUGUCAACGAGAUCACCCUGAGCCUCAACAACAAGAACGCCAGGACCAAGGCUCUGGUGCUGGAGCUGCUGGCCGCUGUCUGCCUGGUCCGAGGUGGCCACGACAUCAUCCUGGCUGCCUUUGACAACUUCAAGGAGGUCUGCGGGGAGAAGAACCGCUUCGAGAAGCUGAUGGAGUAUUUCCGAAAUGAGGACACCAACAUUGACUUCAUGGUGGCCUGCAUGCAGUUCAUCAACAUCGUGGUGCACUCGGUGGAGAACAUGAACUUCCGCGUGUUCCUGCAGUACGAGUUCACCCACCUGGGGCUGGACCAGUACCUGGAGACUCUGCGCCUCACUGAGAGCGACAAGCUGCAGGUGCAGAUCCAAGCCUACCUGGACAACGUCUUCGAUGUGGGGGCCAUGCUGGAGGACUCGGAGACCAAGACGGCGGUGCUGGAGCACAUGGAGGAGCUGCAGGAGCACGUCAGCCAGUUGACGGAGAAGCUGCAGGAUGCGGAGAACGACUCCAUGGCCAAGAUAGCGGAGCUGGAGAAGCAGCUGAGCCAGGCGCGGCGGGAGCUGGAGGCGCUGCGGGAGCAGCUGAGCCCCCCGCGGCCGCCCAGCCCACCGUCCCCGCAGCCCCAGGAGUGUUACCGGCUGGCGCUGGAGCGGCGGCUGGCGGAGCUCGAGGAGAAGGGGCUGGUGCAGAUCCUGCGUGGGCCCGACGGAGACGUCGCCAUCGAAAUUGUCCCCGUUGUCAUAGAAACCCCCGCAGCCCCCGUGGUUUCUGGAGAGGCCACUGCCACCACCGACACCACCCGCACAGAUGCUCCGGCUCUGGCUCCAGCCCCACCUCCCCCACCAGCACCUGCUGCCCCCCCGCCCCCACCCCGUGCUGCCCCACCCCCGGCUCCCCCACUCCCGGGGGCCCCAGCGCCACCACCCCCCCCACCGCUCCCGGGGGGGCCGGAGGGCCCCGUGCCCCUCCCUCCACCACCCCCACCCCUCGGUGGGGAGCCCCCAGCCGGGCCGGGUGUCCCCCCCACUGCCAACAGUUCAGUGAAGGUGAAGAAGCCGAUCCAGACCAAGUUCCGCAUGCCCGUCUUUAACUGGGUGGCCCUGAAGCCGAGCCAGAUCGACGGCACCGUCUUCACCGAGCUCAACGAUGAGAAGGUGCUGCAGGAGCUGGACAUGAGUGACUUUGAGGAGCAGUUUAAGACCAAGGCACAGGGCCCUGCCCUGGACAUCAGUGUCCUCAAGAGCAAGGCCACGCAGAAGGCCCCCAGCAAGGUGACCCUCAUGGAGUCCAACCGCGCCAAGAACUUGGCCAUCACCCUGCGCAAGGGCGGCCGCAGUGUCCAGGACAUCUGCACGGCCAUCGAGACGUAUGACCAGCAGGCCCUGAGUCUCGACUUCCUGGAGCUGCUGCUGCGCUUCCUGCCCACCGAGUACGAGCGGAACCUGAUCGGGAAGUUCGAGCGGGACCAGCAGCCGCCAGAGGAGCUCUCGGACGAGGACCAGUUCAUGAUCUGCUUCAGCAAGAUCCCGCGCCUGGCCGAGCGCAUGAACGUCAUGAUCUUCCUGGGCAGCUUCGGUGACACGGCCCAGCUGCUGAUGCCGCAACUCAACGCCAUCAUCGCCGCCUCCAUGUCCCUCAAGUCCUCCAGCAAACUGCGCCACAUCCUCGAGAUUGUCCUGGCCUUUGGGAACUACAUGAACAGCAGCAAGCGUGGAGCUGCCUACGGGUUCCGGCUGCAGAGCCUUGAUGCGCUCCUGGAGAUGAAGUCGACAGACCGCAAGCAGACCUUGCUGCACUACCUGGUGCGGGUGAUCAUGGAGAAGUACCCGGAGCUCACUGGCUUCCACACCGAGCUGCACUUCCUUGACAAGGCAGGCACAGUGUCCCUGGAUGGUGUCCUGCAAGAUGUGCGGAGCCUGCAGCAGGGCAUGGAGCUGACCCGCAGGGAGUUCAUGAGACAGGAUGACAGCCCUGUGCUCAAGGACUUCCUCAAGGUCAAUUCAGAGGUGAUGGAGAAGCUGCAGGCUGACAGCAAAACCGCCAAGGAGGCGUAUGAGUCAGCUGUGGAGUAUUUCGGGGAGAACCCCAAGACCAGUCCCCCCACCACCUUCUUCCCCAUGUUCAUGCGUUUCAUCAGAGCCUACAAGAAAGCAGAGCAGGACAUUGAGCUGUGGAAGAAACAAGAGGCCGCAGCCAAAGAGGCAGGAGCCGUCUCCCCUGGCAGUGAGCAGCAGCCCGAGCUGCCUAUCCAGAAGGCCAGGAGGCAGCAGAUGGACAUGAUUGCUGAGCUGAAGAGGAAGCAGAUGGUGAAGGAGCCACUCAUCUACGAAGGCAAAGACGGGGCCAUUGAGGAUAUAAUUUCAGAUCUGCGGAACAACCCGUACCGCCGGGGGGACAAGGCCCGCGGCAGCGCCAAGAAACGGGCGGCGGGGCAGAGCCUGCAGGCGACGCCGGACAUCGCGCUGUGACCGGCGCCGUCCCUGCAGCUCCAGGAGCGGGCCAGGACCAUCCUCCCGACGCAGAUGGGCCCGCAGGAUGUCAGUCCCUCAGCCCGGGGCUCGGCGGGGUGGAGGGACCGUGCCCGCUCCGAGCUGCUCCAGCCGCUUGAUGCGCCAGCUCCGCCUUGCCCGGGCCUGGCACAGGCACCCCCGGCGCUUGCUUGGCCGUGUCCCUGAGCUCCUCUCCCGGGCUGCCAGGGCUGGGGGGCCCCUCCUGGCUACGGUCAGGGAGGGGGAAGCACAGAAAGCGCCCCUGCUUGUCCUGGAAGGAAAAGCGGGGCUGUCCCAUCCCUACCCCGGCGCCGCGGGGUCAGCCCUGCGCACCGGCGUGUCCCACCCGCAGCGUGCCGGUGCCUUGGAUUGCGGGAGGGGAGGGAAGGGAGGGGGUGCCAGCCAGGCACACAGCGCUCCCCCACAUCUCCCCCUCCUCCCCCGGCCCCGCAGAGCCCUCCCAGACCCGCGUUCUCCUGCGCUGCAGAGCCAGCGAGGAGCUGCUGCAAAGCUCCCACCCGGGCACCUCCCGGACCCAGGGGCUGGCAGCGGUGCUAUUUUACAUGAUUUUAUAAGUCUUCCUUCAAAUUUCUCUGCGCUGCGGCAGCGGGGAUUGGAACACCCCCACGCAGGGUGUCCUCAAGGCUGUGGCGAGCAGCGCUGGGCUGUUCCUCGCCGCAGGGGAGGCUCCGAAGCUGCGGCAAUCGGCAGCAGGGACAAGUUUCGGCGAGGUGGAGGCACCUCCGCCCUCCUUCAUCCCCAGCAUCCACCUUCAGUGUCGGGGCUGGAGCCCCUGGGAUAUCCCGGGACUGUCAGCUCCCCGUUCUGUGGGGUGGGACACGCAGGAGGUGCCGGCAGCCCCCAGCCCCAGCCCCGCAGCAACCGCGACCCCAAAGGCUGCGGGGUCCCUGCUGCCACCGGGCUGGAGAGGCCCGGGAGCCGCACGAACCUCUCGGUACCGCACCGGACCCGAGCCUGUCGCUCCCUCCCCUGCCCCGCUGCUGCUGAGAAACCCCGACCCCGCAAUGCCGCAAUUAAACCUCUCUGUACGAUUUCUUCAUCAAACGGGCCCCGCUCGUCCCCAUGCGAGGACGCUCCUCCCUCCUCCCGUCCCUCCUGCCGUCCUUCCUCGCUCGUCCCAGCUUCAGCCAGAGCAGCCGCUGCUUCCUGCUGUAUUUAAGCUGCUUCAGCGCCGGCUCCGUGUCCGGGGAGGGAUGGGAAAUGAAUGUGUAACUUAUAAAUGCCUUUAAGCCAGAAAUGUAAACCAUUAACUGCUCAUUUGUAUACAUUAUUUUUAUAUACUGAAGGCCUGUUUAAUCUAAAGCAAAACUGAUAAUAAAAUGUCUCAGAGGAUAAA